AUGCAGGCUGGGCUGGGUCCCCAGCAAAUUUUCAUAGUGAGGCGCUGUGGUUGCGGCAGAGGCAGGCCAAGGCAGGCCAAGGCAGGGUCUGGCGCGGCUGAAGCUAAAAUUGGCUGCCCACCCUCUCUCCACUUUGCUGCCCACUUGCCUUGGACUUGGACUUGCCCCGACCCCCCAACCCCGGCACCCAGUAGUGCUUAA